ACGCGUGCUCCCCGACAUCGUGCCACGUGCCACCGACGCUCGCGCUCCCGACGCGUCGCGCGCGCCUUCCAACACCUCGGCCCGCCCCGCCACCUCCGCCUCGCGCUCGAGCGCGUUCCCACGCCCAUCCGCCGCGCCGUCGCUCGCCACUCGACGCGCCUCAUGCCACGCGCAACUGCGCGGUCGAACGCUCGCGUCUCGGCAUUUGCCAAGACGCGUCGAGCGCGUCGCCCGAAUCGCUGCCGCCGCGCUGGCCGUUGAGCUGCGCGUCCCCGGUGAAUGCCGGGCACGCUCGCGCGCUCGUUGGGUGCGUCGUCGGCACGUGCACUGUGCUCGCCUCACCCGCGCGCGCGUGCAAAUACCGGAACGUGCCGAGCGAUCCGUCCCUCGCGAGCGCAUGCCCUGACGCGGUCAGCAU